CUUGAUUUGGUGCAACGCUGUCCGACCCUCAAAAUGGCGACUGCUACUGAAAGCGAGCCUAUGCUAAAUAUGGAGACACUUUCUAUCCAGUCCGGUAGUAUGGAACUGUUUGCUUUUGACGAAGAAACAACAGAUGUUGUUCUCUGCGUUGACGACAAAAAAUUACAUCUUUCUAGAGGGGUUCUAAUGCUAGCUUCUCCGGUAUUCCGAAAAAUGCUGGCCUCAAAUGGAAAGGAAAAACAGAAUGAAAUAACUCUUCCAGAUAAAUCUUAUGAGGAAUUUGUUCUUUUCCUUCGAUGUGUCUGUCCUCUGGAAUAUGUAAAACUAAAUGAAGACAUCAUUGAAAUGGUUUUGCCAUUGGCCAAAGAAUACCAAGUCAACUCACUACUGCAUAAAUGUGAGGACUGGCUAUUGACUGAAAUCGAGUUCAUUGUUGGUGAAGUUAUUGGGCAUGUGAAGGAAAUACAAACAAAAGUAGAAUUUUUUGCAAAAUGUUUGCUUUAUGGAGCUAAAAACGAGUUGAAUACUCUGUACAAUCGAGCGUUUGAAUUGCUCCUACCUUAUAAUCUGAUUAGAUACCAACACACAUCAUUCUACAAACUUUUGCCUGACAAAAAUAAAUGGCAGCUUCUAGAGGCUAGAAUGAUGAAAAUUGAGAAAACCCAGCACAUUGCAGAUGGAUCAUUUCCAACCGAGAUAGAAAUUGAGGAAGAUAGUAAUCAGAUAGAUAGCACUUCUCCACUCGGAUUUGAAUAUUAAAAUACAAUAGAUAGAAGAAAAAACCGAAAUAUAAUGAAACAAGAAAAUACUUGGAUAAUAAAAUAAUAUCAUAAAGAAUUUAACAGUAAAUAUGUACAAAUUUAAUUAAUUUCAUAUUUGUAUAGAGUCGUUGUAUUGUGAAUUUACCUGACUUUUUGGGCUAAAGCUGAAGUCUUAUGAUAUGUAUUCACAAUUAAAUACCAAGUUUAUGUUAAUACAUGUAUGUAUAGCUUAAACAUGUAGAAUAAUUUUCCAUAUCUUAAUUUAAACAAUAUAAUCGAAUGCUUUCUUUGAUGAUUCAUUUAAGCAUUUAAUGCUUAUAUUUACAUUUUUUUUUAACUUCUUGCCUUGUCUGCAAAUGUGAUUUAUACGUCAAAAUUUCUGUUUUAUCUUAAGGGUAAAUUCAAAUUAAUGGAAGAGCCACUGUAACAGCCACAAGUGUGAACUUUGAUUCUCGCUUGUGACGUUGCAUUUUACAGCGUUCAACGUUUAUGACGUCAUAAUAAAACUAGUCAUUCUAACCUUUGAAUACCCUGUGUGUGUUACGGUCUUAUAACUGCAGUGUCGUUUUACACACUUUACAUGCAACAAAUAUUUGGAAUGUAAAUAUUCGACAUUGAAGAAAUGCGUUAGCGGGUUAUGUAAAUUUUUCCUCAAUGAUCGCUACCUUCAUAACCCGCAUAAAUCAUCAAAGAGAGCAUUUUAUUGUUGAUAUUAACAUCUUUUUUUUUUAAAUAAUUGAUAAAUUGAUUAUAAAAAGUAAGUAAAAUCCACUAAAUUACUGUUACUGUACAUAAGUACGGAAGCUAAAAAACAGCCAAAUCGCCUCCUGUGACACUUUGAAUCAGACAUCAUCGUGGUUAUUCCGUGAAGUCCGUGAUUUUUCUUAGGUAGAUGUAGGUUUGGACCAAUCGACAAACAGUGCGUGUCGAUUUCAGUCUUGUCAGUUUUAGCCGCUGUAGAUUUCGACCAACUGAUAAACGGGGCGUGUAGAUUUCAGUCCGGCUGUUUUUAUAGAGCAAUGAAUUAACUAUAAGUUUAAGUAAGAGGGAAUAAUACUUGGUAUAUGUAAAUAUAACACUAUAUUCUUUCAAAAUAGCCUUGUUGUACUAAAUUUACACAGUGCAUUGUUUACAUUCCUUAUAAUUAUGCUUUCUUGGUGGUCGUAAACUCCGUUAUUUAGUCUCAAAUAUGCAAAAACGUUUAAAUUAGCAAAAUUUAAAAGCUCCUUAUCACCUUACCUAUUUGUAUUAUGCGUGGAAAUUCUAGCAAUGUCUAUAAGACAAAAUAAAACAAUUUAGAGGUACUAUGAUAAGUGACACUGAAUUUAAAAUAAGUCAAUUAGCUGAUGAUACAACUUGUUUCCUUGGUGAUGAAGAGUCAGGAUGUGAAAUUUUGAAUAUCAUGCAAAUAUUUCACAGCUUAUCUUUGUUAAAGAUAGAUCUAAACAAAACUGAAGCAGUAUGGAUAGGAUCAAAAAGAAAUCAUAAACUAGGAACUUUGCCAGUAAAAUGGUCCAAAGGAGACCUUUUCACUCUAGGUAUAUGGUUUAACAGUGAAGAUGAAAACAAUGCAUGUCAUUAAUAAAAUUCUGAAAACUAAAUCUGAGGACUUAAAAGUAACCCCUAAUCUUUUGAAAAUGCGCAAUUUAUCAUAUCAAGGAACAAUUUUGGUGACCAAACAAUUAGAACGGUCAAUUGAUGAUAAACUGAUGAAUGGAAUUACCUUUAAAGAACUCAGUAUCUGAAAUUCUGUUUUGGUUUAGUAUAGAACUUGUUAUGCUCUUUAAUAUCACCUGUGAACGCUGGGAGAUAAAGUAAUGUACCGUGAGAUAAAAGAACUAGUUUGUAGAACAAAAGUAAUUUGUUCAAA